UUUUUAAAUGGAAGUACAUGUACAAAAUAAGUGCACUGUAUAAAAUUACAGAUUUAAAUUUAAGUACAUCAUAGUUACAGACUAGAUAAAAACAACAGUAAAGCAAAAACAACAUCUCUCAGGAGAUUUUUUUCUCUUUUUUUCUCUCUCUCUUCAUCACGGGCACAGAUCAGGCAACACUGUGAGAUAAAUAGCAGAAGUAAGAAUAAAAUAAAAAAUAAAAAAACAAAAAAAAAAUAAAACAGCAGAAAACUGUUCACACCCCCACAGGAAACUAAUAAAUGAGUCAGUGUGAGCUGACAGAAACAGAAAGUACAACGUCUGAGAUACAAGAUUAAGGAUCACUUUUAAAAAUACAUAUUUAAAAAAAUCUAAAUAAAGGUUGCAAAGGUGAUGUGCUUCCAAAGCGAGAGGCUGGAGUGAUGUAUAGACGGUGAGCUUAUCUGCAGAAACGUUAUCUGCUUUGGGUUGAGAGCACAUGUUGAUGUGUGUUCCUGUCAGAGAGGACAGUCCAGUACUUCAUUUAUACGAACAGGACACGACUCUCGUAACAAUGUCAGAAGACUCUGAGGAAUCUCUGGGAUUCUCUCAAGGAUCUCUUAAAUAAGCGACUUUUGUGUUUCCUGAGUGCUGAGAGGUGUCUUACGGCGUGUGCCAUCCCAAAACUACAGUGCUAUGCCAAGCUGAACCUUUGUAGAGUUAACGGGAGGACUCUCGGACUCGAGUUAAAUGAGAGGAAGAUGAAUGCCAGUCACAUCUCUUGCAAUAACACUACUGCGCACCAAGUAACGUCAAUACAAGAAUAUCAGCAUCACAUCUAUGCCAUCUUCUACACUGUGAUUCUAGUUCCUGGACUGAUUGGCAAUGUUCUCGCGCUCUGGGUUUUUUAUGCCUACAUAAAGGAGACAAAGAAGGCUGUGAUAUUCAUGAUCAACCUGGCCAUCGCUGAUCUGCUGCAGGUGCUAUCACUGCCUCUGCGCAUUUACUACUAUUUGAACAACUCGUGGCCUUUUGGAGAUGUCGCCUGCAUGCUCUGUUUCUAUCUGAAAUACGUCAAUAUGUACGCCAGCAUCUACUUCCUGGCUUGCAUUAGUGUGAGACGCUGUCGACUCAUUAUCCAGCCGCUGCGCUCUGGCACCAUGAAAAGAUGGCAGGACCGUAGCUUGUGUUUAGUCGGGUGGUUCAUCGUGUGUUUGGGAUGCCUUCCGUUCCCUCUCCUACGAAAAAACCCGAUCCCCAAUACAGCAUUCUGCUUCUCUGAGCUACCCAUGAUGCCACUCAGCAAAGAACUAGGAGUGUCCCUCAUCACAUUUGCAGAGAUCAUAGGCUUUCUCCUGCCGCUGGCUGUAGUGGUCACCUGCUCGUGGCUGACCGUGGCCAGUCUGCGUGAGAAGACCUGCGUGCUGCAGGACACUGGGGAAAAGCACAAGGCGCUCAAGAUGGUGUUGAGUUGUGCUGGUGUGUUCCUGGUUUGCUUUGUGCCCUACCACAUAACUUUCCCUUUAGACUUCUUGGCCAAAUCAAACUGUAAUCUCAGUUCUGUUUUUAGGAACACAGUUCUCCGCACUCACCCAAUCACCUUGUGUCUAGCGAGUCUGAACUGCUGUCUGGACCCAGUCAUGUACUACUUCACUACUGAUGAAUUCAAGCGGCGUCUGUCCAGGCCAGAAUUUCACGAAAGUUUGCCAUUACAGCACAGAACUUCUUUCUCCACAAAUUCAACAGUCUGCGGUCUAAAACAGACAGACAGAACUGACAGAGACCGCACAGGGAAAUUGUUUUAAGCCACAAAAUAGAGCUUUCUGUAUGUACAGUUGAUAAACUACAAACAAAUUCAUGAGAAAUCUUCAUUCUGCUCUUGAAGGGGAAUGGGCAAAAGGGCAUUUAUUUAACCAAAAACAGGAAUGUGAGGAAAUAUUGUUAUAUUUCAAAUUUUCUACUUGAAUGUAUGUUAAGAUGCAAUUUAUUGCUGUGAUGCUCAGCUGAAUUUUCAGCAUCAUUACUCCAGUCUUCAGUGUCACUUGAUUCUUAAGAAAAUAUUUUAAUAUGCUAAGCUGCUGCUCAUUGCUCAUGAAAUAUUUCUGAUUAUUACCACAGCUGUGAGCUUCCUAUUUUUGUGGAAACCAAGUGUGCUGCACAUGACCUGAAAAGUGAUGCCACAACAUUUUGAUGGCCUUUAGGGGGCUGUUUCAUAAAAGACGCUGAGACGCUGAGAAAAUCAAUCGGGACUAAAGUGGUUUCAUAAACUACAGUUGAAGUUCACACAAUCUCACUAAUUCGAUCCAGGUUCAAUGAGUCAGGAUAAUUUGAUGUGCAUUCUUAAGCAGCCCUUAAUGUCGAUCAUUGAUCAAAUCGAUCCACUGUGGCAAUUAGCGAUUAUUUAUGCUGUUUAAUGCAUUUGAGACAUUGUGUUUUCCUCUUUGCAUAACUGACACGUCACAGAUAUAUUUUUCAUCUGUAAAUGUUAGAAAGUCAUGCAAAUAUAUCCAUUUUGCUGUCAGGCGUGGGACGAGGGUUACACGAGGGAACGAGCGAUGCUGCGCACUAUACAGACUGAGCGCAAUAGAAUAAUGGUGCAAUAAUUCUGAAUAAAAUAUGCAUUCUGCUAAAAUAUUUGUUGUUGGACAUUAAAUGUGACGCAUGUAGAUUUUAAAUCCUACAUAUGUUUUUUUUUUUUAUCAUAGCAGUAACUGUAAAUCAAAUGUAAGCUGCUAAUACAGCCCUACUAUCUUAAAUGAGUUAAUGUGUGUUCCUCUUAUAAGUUAAAAUGUAGUCUGAUUUCUAUUAUUUAUUUUAAUUUUUAAUUCAGUGGUUUUAACUUUUAAUUUAGUGUUUUAAAUAAUUUAAAGGGCAAUUUUAGAUGGUACUGUUUUAAUGUUCUACUAAUAACCAUAAAAGGCACAGCUGUCAUAAAACCCAAGAGAAAGGCUGCAUGGCUAGAAACUGUUGAUCAACUGAAUGGGCAAGUAGCAACUAUGUUUAAAUGUUUUCAUCUUUUAAAAAAAAGGUCAUUACAUUUUGGCCACAAUACAUUAAAUAUAGUUGGUUGUAGCCGUUAUUUAUUUAUUUAUUUAUUUGAUUAUUUAAGUUGCAUUU